AUGAAUGAACCAUACAAACCGCUGAAUGAAGCCGAUUGGCUAAAAAGCCGCCAGUUGCCCAGGAAGCCCGCUCCCGUCCGACGUUUGCGCGCGGCCAACGAGAAGAUCCUGGAGAUAAAGAAUCGCAUCUUCGUCGGUGGCCUGAACAAAUCGAUUAAUGAGGAUGAUCUGCGCGAACUGUUUGGAUCAUUUGGUGAGAUGCUGGAGGUGCAGAUCAAGUUGCGCGGCGAUGAAAAUGCUCGCGGGUAUGGCUUUGUGACGUUCAAGACACCGUCGGACACGGACAAAGCGCUGCGAGCUGGUGCUGGGGAAUCACUGAGUAUUAAAGGUCAUAAGCUGGUAGUGCAGCCAGCCUAUCGUCGCGUGGAGAAUCAUGCAAGAGGUCUGAAUUCACUAUCGCUGAACGGCAAUCAGAGUCCGGCUGGUCUGCUCGGUUCAUCCAUGAUGAUGUGUCCUACCAUUGGCUCAUUCCCGUCCUAUCCGUUCGGUUUUCCCGGUAGCACCCUUCCCGGCACCUAUCCGUUCUAUCCUUCACCUUACUAUCCAGGAGCUGCGGAUCCCAUGUCGCGCUGGCCGUUGACUUAUCCCAUGCCGAAUUAUCCGUGGGGAAUGCCGAUGGGAAAUUCCGUAUCGAUGCCCUGUCCGACUCCCGCAUGGAAUCCGAUGCCACCGUAUUUGCCGGCUGAUCGUCAGCAGAUCCCGACGCGUCCAAGCUCAUCUGACCCAUCGGAAAACGAUCAGUUCUCACCAGCUCCUGCCGGAAGCCCAAAUUUUGCUUAUCCACCGGCACCUAUUAUCCAAGUGGACAGUUUGAGCGACGAUCCGAGCCUGUUUCAUUUAAGCCGACCGCGUGGCGGCAGUGGACUGAAGGGAGACUUUCAUGAUGCCGAUAAUUUGGGCCGUAUCCUGGGUGCUCCCAAGUACCACAUUUCGCCGGAUGCCCGCGCCCGCAAAUAAUGGUUGAAAUAUGGACGGAUGAGUUGAUAAUUUUGUGUAAUUUUUUCGUCAACAGUGUUUUGCCAAAUGUGUACAGUUGUACGGGUCGUCUGUGUUUAUGCUUGCAUUUCAGUUUUGUUUUUUCUCUGCGCGCG